AUGACACAUUUAGUAUCUAAGAUUGAAGCACUUUUAUUAGAAGAGCCAUUAGACAGUCUUUGUGGUGCGUCCGCAGUUUACCUGGCAAUAGAAAACAACAUUUUACCCCCUUUCGAGUAUGUAAGAGGAGUGAUAGACCGUGCGGUAAAUUCGUCACUGUUGAAGAUAGAAAGUAAUGAACGAAAAACGAAAGUAUUGGAAGUGUUAUCCCAGCUAAUAUUUAAUGAUGAGUAUGGUAAAUGUGGAUAUUUAGUUUUGGUUGAGAGUGGAUACAUUAGUGUUCGAGGUCUUAAGGCGCUCAAGGCAUUGAAUAUAGAAAAGGAAUUGUAUCCAAAUCGUUCUCGAGAAGAAAUAGACGAGAAUAUUAAUAAAUUGAAAUAUAAACUUGAGGCAAAUGUGUCGAAUCUUACGUGGCGCGAUCCCGAAGCGAGUAUGGUUAUUAGCGACGACUCGUUCAUGGUAAAAAAUCUAGGGCGUAGACAGAAGAGUACUUUUUUGGAACCACGAGAAAAUAUGAAAUGUGCCAUCCCCGAUUCAGUUACGACGAAGUGUAAUGAAUUUAUAAGUAAUUUUAACAAUUCGAAUACUUCGUGGGUUAUGAGGAAUACUUCCCAUGAUAAAAUGUGGAAAGAAGAUGAAAGUACGAUAAUAAAAAUAACCGAACGUAUUCUUGGAACACUGUUAAGUAAUUUGAUAAAUGAUAUACGUUUUCACAUGUUACUAGUACACUUUUAUCUAACCACGUCAUGUCGGUGUAUUCUAUGCAUUAGUGGCGAGAUAUGGAAAAAUCCCGCAUUUAUGACUAGUACAUCUCGCAGUGAACAAAGUGAAGGUACCUAUGUCACAGACGUUAUAAUUCCUUUGCUUCGAUCGAGUUUGGGAGGUGAUAUUGUUUGCUUAAGUACGGCAGAGCGCCAGAGUCUAGCAAGCAAAGCUAGACGAAGUAUACGAGUAGAUGAAGAGCGAAUGGGAAAGAAGCCUGAUAUUAUGGGGUUGUUGAAACGGGAUGAAAAGAUUUUAGAGUUGAUGUACGUCGAGUCUUCACGUAUCAUCUGUACUAAUUCGAAAAAAGUGGAUGAUGACGUAAAAUUACUGAGAGAAACAUUAGAUGGGAUGAGCUUUAUAGGUGCAUCAUGUAGCCAGCCAGAAACCAAUUUGGGGUCGUAG